AUGUUCAUAAUAUUGGAAUUAAAUUAUACAUUUGGAACAAAAGAGGCACAACCAGAAGAAGACCCGUCAGUUGCAGCUCGACUCGCACGACUACAAAAUGACUAUGAAACUAGUGGAAUGCGACGUACAGUAGAAGGCGUGUUGGUGGUUCAUGAACAUAAUCAUCCACACGUGUUGAUGUUGCAAAUUGCAAAUUCAUUUUUUAAAUUACCAGGCGAUUAUCUAAGACCAGGCGAGGAUGAAAUUGAAGGACUAAAAAAUAGAUUAAGUGAACGUCUUGCUCCAGUCACCAAUAAUUAUAAUGCUGUUACAAAUUCAGCGGGAGGUUCAGAACAAAAUUGGGAAAUUGGUGAAUGUUUGAGUGUAUGGUGGCGACCAAAUUUCGAAACAUUUAUGUACCCAUAUGUGCCAGCUCAUGUCACGAAACCCAAAGAGCAAAAGAAAAUAUUCCUGGUUCAACUACCCGAAAAGAAGGUUCUAUCGGUACCUAAAAAUAUGAAAUUAUUAGCUGUACCUCUUUUUGAAUUAUAUGAUAAUGCACAGCGAUAUGGACCUCAAUUAUCGGCCAUUCCACAUUUAUUGAGUCGAUUUAACUUUAUUUAUGAAAAAUGA